AUGCUAAUGUCUGCUUAUGAUGUUGCUAUAAUUGGAGGGGGACCGGGCGGUUAUGUUGCGGCGAUCAAGGCUGCUCAGUUAGGGGGCAAAGUCUACUUAAUCGAAAAGGGGGAAUGGGGCGGAACCUGCCUGAACCGGGGGUGUAUCCCGACCAAAACGCUGUUUUCGGUGGCGCACCUCGCUACGCAAAUUCGGGAGGCAGAGGGAUUCGGCAUCAAGAUUAGCGGCGCGGAGAUAGAUUAUUCGCAGGUGCUAGGACACAAGGAGGCUACUGUCAAAAAGCUAACCGGCGGUAUCGCACAGCUGCUCAAAAGGAACGGGGUUCACACAGUCAACGGAACCGGUGUCCUCACCGCGAAAGAUAGGAUAGAAGUGACGAAAGCGGACGGCACACAGGAGCAGAUUGAAGCGAAUCAGAUUAUCAUCGCCACCGGUUCUGAGCCCGCGAAUAUUCCUCUCUUUGAGAUCGAUGAACAACAGGUGCUGACGACGACGGGGAUUCUGGAAUUGACGGACCUUCCUAAGAGUAUCAUCAUUGUCGGCGGUGGUGUCGCCGGUUGUGAGUUUGCCUCGAUCUUCAACGGAUUGGGCUGCGAUAUCACUAUCCUUGAAUUGUUACCGACGAUUCUCGCUACGGAAGAUACACAGAUUGUCCGGCAGCUCCGUCUUUUGAUGAGACGGAAAGGCAUUGAAAUCAAGACAGACACCAAUGUAACGGGUGUGGAUAAAUCGGAAUCCGGUGUAACCGCAACGCUGGAAUCCGGCGAAAGUUUCAGCGCGGAAAAGAUGUUGAUCUCUAUCGGCAGGAGUUUCAACUCGGAAGGGAUUGGGUUGGAAACUGUCGGCGUUCGUACGGAUAGAGGUAAGAUUGUUGUCAAUGAACGGAUGGAGACCAAUGUGCCGGGCAUCUACGCCGUUGGCGAUGUGGCGAGCCGGUAUCUGUUGGCACAUGUUGCAUCGGCGGAGGGGAUUGUCGCUGCGCAAAACUGCAUGGGCGGCGAAGCGGAGAUGGAUUACAGCACUAUACCGUGGUGCGUUUUCACAAUUCCCGAAAUCGCCAGAUGCGCAAGCGGUAAGGCGUUGGGAAUGCGUGAGACAGAUGGAUUCGCCAAGGUUAUCUCAGACCAAGAAUUUGGCGAUAUUCUCGGCGUCCAUAUCCUUGGCGCACACGCUUCAGACCUGAUCCAUGAAGCCGUCGUUGCUAUCCGUAUGGAGGCGUCGGUUGCCGAUUUGGCGCACACGAUUCACGCGCACCCAACCCUUGCGGAAGCUGUUAUGGAGUCUGCUGAAGCAGCUCAUGACCGCGCCAUUCAUAUUUUCUAG